AUGAGUUGGAUGUUCCUCAGGGACCUCCUAACUGGAGUAAACAAAUACUUAACCGGGAUUGGGCGGAUUUGGCUUGCUGUUGUGUUCAUCUUCCGUUUGCUGGUCUACAUGGUGGCGGCAGAGCAUGUGUGGAAAGAUGAGCAGAGAGAGUUUGAGUGCAACGUUAAACAGCCUGGUUGUGAAAAUGUGUGUUUUGAUCACUUCUUCCCCAUCUCCCAGGUCAGACUUUGGGCCUUACAACUGGUCAUGGUCUCCACGCCUUCACUUCUGGUGGUUCUACAUGUAGCCUAUCGUGAGGGUAGAGAGAAAAGGCACAGAAAGAAACUCUAUGUCAGCCCAGGUAUGAUGGAUGGGGGCCUGUGGUACACUUACCUUAUCAGCCUUAUUGUUAAAACUGGUUUUGAAAUUGGCUUCCUGGCUUUAUUUUACAAAAUGUAUGAUGGCUUUAGUGUUCCCUACCUUAUGAAGUGUGAUUUGAAGCCUUGUCCCAACACUGUGGACUGCUUCAUCUCCAAACCCACUGAGAAAACGAUCUUCAUACUCUUCUUGGUUAUUACCUCAUGCCUGUGCAUUGUGUUGAAUUUCAUCGAACUGAGCUUUUUGGUUCUCAAGUGCCUUAUUAAGUGCUGUCUCCAAAAAUGCUCUAAAAGACUCAAGUCCUCAGCAUGUGAGUGCCACAACCUCAGACAUGUUGAAUGUGGUGAGAUAGGGGCUCCUCCCCUGCUCCAGAAUCGCCAUUCAGAUUUGGCCAUGAGCUCACCCCAGCGAGGUGAAACAAAGCUGCUUUUUGAUAUACAAGAGGGUUAG